AUUCGCGGAAUUCUCGACUUGUAAACAAACAACAAAAUUUUUCUUCCUCCACAAAAUCUGUGAAAAAUCCUAUAAAAAACAAUGUCUGGUGCAGUGAAUGAAAAGGAUUUAAUGCCUGAGGAGUUUAGGGAGUAUUUGGUGGUAUAUUACAAGCGCCUCUUCCCAUAUAAACAAUUUUAUCAGUGGCUUUCGUACGAUGAUGAAAAUCUCUUUAAAAAUCGCGAAUUUUGCUUCACUUACGAUGGUGAAGUGUUCCAGAGGUACCUUACAUUCGACGAUCAGGAGCACUUGGCUAAGGAGAUGUGUGCAAAAGUUCCCUCAAAGAUUGACAUUGGACCAAUCAUGAAUGUCCGGCCCAACAAGUUUGGCCUUGCCCAGAACCUUCGAUUCCUUCAGCGAGAACUCAUUUUCGACAUUGACAUGACGGAUUACGAUGAGAUUCGCACAUGUUGUUCAGGAGCUGCAAUCUGCCAGAAGUGCUGGAAGUUUAUGGGUGUUGCCUCUGAGAUCCUCAAUGUGGCCCUGAGGGAUGAUUUUGGUUUUGAUAAUCUUCUCUGGGUGUUUAGUGGACGCAGAGGUAUCCAUUGCUGGGUCAGCGAUCUCAUUGCCCGGAAUUUGACCGCAGAGGUACGUGGAGCUGUGUCGCAGUACCUAAAUCUCGUGGGCAGGAAUGAUGGCUCAGAUCGGUAUGAUAUAGAUUGUGACUACAUGCAUCCACGCGUUCAGAGAGCCCUGACAACGAUUAAUUCAGUUUUCGAGGAGAUCUGCCUGCAAGAUCAGGAUCUCUUCAGCAACCCCGACAACAUUCACAAGCAUCUCCUCCGACGCAUCCACGACGACGCACUGCGGAGUGAAUUGAAGACUAAAUUGCUGGGUCUGCCGCACAAUUCCAAAAUAAUCUGGGAUGUCUUUGAGGGAUUUGUGAAUGGGAUCAAAGGGAAGAAUUCGCGGUAUAAGUACUUGAUUGAUGACAUCAAAAUCACUCUAAUCUACCCGAGGCUCGAUAUAAAUGUGAGCAAAGGCGUCAAUCAUCUCCUCAAGGCACCUUUUUGCGUCCAUCCCAAAACGGGGAAGAUCUGUGUACCCUUUACCCCGGGGACGUCAGCGAACUUUGACCCCACCACUGUUCCCACAGUCAAGGAUCUUUGCGAUGAAAUUCAUGCGUAUGACCAAAAAAUGGGAGAAGAUGCUGAAAAGUUCGACACAGGAGUUUCAAAUAUUCAGCACUACAAGAAGACAUCCUUGCACAAAGCUGUUCAUAUCUUUGAGGAAUUCAUCCGGAAAUGUGGAAAGACAGCAGAGAAGAAAAAAGAACUUCUUGAUUUUUGAAUAAAAGAGAAAUAUUUCUUAUUUAUACGAACUUGUAGAAA